AUGGCUGUCAUUAGCUGUCUCAAAUCGGUCAUUCUUCCGAGGUUAGAUAUAUCAAGAUUGCUUCGGAUUUGCUGCGUUUUUGGAGUUUCAGUACAAACAGUCUAUAUGUUUGUACUAAUUGUGAGAGAAGCGUUAAAAUCUUCUUCCGAAAAGACAAAUAGUCGUCAAUCUGCAGCUCAAGUUUUGUUCUUUCCGGACAAAGUUUUCGCAUGCCAACAGUUUCUAUUCAACGGAGGCUGUAGUAGGAAAAACUGUCAGUUUUCUCACGAAGAGUCCUCAUUAAGUAAGCUUGUGAGAGUUUUAUCUGAAGCUAAACAAAGCUUGGACGUUUGUGUUUUUACAAUUAACUGUCGCGAGCUUGCAGAUGCGGUCAUUCGACAACACAAGAACGGUGUCGUUGUCCGAGUGCUGACAGAUGAUGAACAGAUGGGUUCGACUGGUUCUCAGAUUGAGAAGUUUCGACGCGAAGGAAUCCAAGUUCGCCACGAUCUUUCUUCGUUCUUCAUGCAUCACAAAUUUGCCAUCAUUGAUCGAAAAACACUUGUUAAUGGAUCCUUUAACUGGACAAGGCAAGCGGUGACUGGAAAUAGAGAGAACGUAGUUAUUUCAAGUGAAGAAUUCGUUGUCACAUCGUUUGCAGAGGAAUUUGAAAAACUAUGGGAAGAGUACGAUCCUUCUAAAAGAUUUGGGGUCUCGUGA